CAGCACUCGACUCUCAAAUCAGCGACUCAAGUCAUUCUCUCACACCACUAAUUUAGCAGCGUUGAACAUAUACUGAAGUGACUUAUAUUCAAUGGCUGUAUGUUUCGCCGACUAUUCCGCGGUGCUUUCUGCUUAUGACGCCGUCAUCAAUAAAGAGAUAGAUUGGCUUGCCCUUGCCUACGACCGAUCCUUGCAACCGGAAGGCUUCUACCUAUUUGCAACUGGCGCGAACGGUCUUUCCGGACUCGGCACAGCACUUUCAGAUCUGUCCCAGGUUUACAUCGCUUUAUAUCGAGCAGGAGACUCGGACGAUUCGGUCAUUGUCAACAUCAUUCCCGCGACCGUAUCAGGAGUGAGAAGGGCGCGUGCUUUGGUUCAUUCGAGACGGAUUGGGGCAGUGUUCCAGGCUCACAAAACAACCCUCACUGUUGAUCAUCUCUCCAACCUCACGCCGAAUAGCAUAUUGCAGGCUCUUGCUUCACCCGACGCGAUACACAUUAUCAACUCAGACCGUGCUACUGACGAGAUGGGACAAUACGCUACGCCUCUGCAGCCUUCCAACGAGCCUCUACCGAACUCCCCGGGAAAAAGCAGCAUGUUCUCGUCCCUUCUUCGCCGGAAAAAGAAACUGGGAUCUGAAGCUCUCACCAUCGAACCGUUUGAUAUAAACCAGACGUCGUUCGAUACGUCAACUCAUCUUUCCGAAGAAGGUCAGCCGCCAUUGCCACCACCUAAAGACCGAUUUGGCAAACAUUCGGUCUCGUCGUCUCCAGCACCGCUCAAUCCCCAACGAUCGUUGCCGCAAUCUCACACGACGCGGAAUCGAAGCAACUCGGAGUAUACCAUGAUCAGUCGGCCUCCCUCGAUCAGCUCUGAGGAUAUGGUUGUCAUCAGGCCUGAACAUGUGCCCCGUAGUCCAGCAAUGAAGAUGCGAUCUCUAACUCUGCCUUCCAAGUGGGCCAAAGAUAAUCUAGACCCCACCGAACGUGCUCGACAAAGAGCAGAAUCUCGGCGGCAACGCGAAUUGGAGGAACAGCAGGCUGCAGAGGACGAUGCUCAAAGAUUGUUGCAAGCCAAACUUGCCAAGGAGGAGCAGCGUCGACAAGAGCAAUUGGAAGAGGAGGCAAGAAGAGUUUCACUUGAAAAGGAGCUGAAACGUGCUGCAUUGCAACGCAAGAAACGUGAAGAGCGAGAGCGACUGGAGGAGGAGGAGAACCGAAAGCAACUUGAAGCAAGAAAACACGCUGAUCGGCUGAGGCGGAUUGAGGAACACCGCCGGCUGGAGAGCUGGCGUCGUGAACAGGAGGCACAAGCUGUUGCAUCAGCCCGGCUAGCAGAGCAAGAAAGGAAAAAAGAAGAGGAAGAACGCCGCAAUCGUAUCCGGCUGGCCGGUGCAAAAGUACGUAGCGCACAGGCCGAUGUUGAGCUCCUCACUGGUUGGGUCACUAUGCAAAUGGGCCCGACACUUGUCUGGAGACGACGAUAUUUCAGUUUCGUCGGCUCUACUGUGUUUUUCUAUCGAAGUCCCAAAGAAAAGGACGCGAAUCAAGUCAUAGAUCAGGUCAAUCUUCGCGGCCAAAUCCGCGCUGUGCGUGAAUGGAACGAGGGCUACGAAGAUCUCAAAGCCAUUCCAUUCUCUUUCGCAGUCGAAUUCGUCGGAGAUGAUCAGCCAUGGUCUCUCUUCUCUGACACUGAAGAAGAAAAGUACAAGCUCUUAGGGUUGCUGACGGCGGCAAACGGCACCUCUGUCUAAGUCCUGGCGACUUAUGUAUCUAGCUUCAAUACUAUACCCUCUCGCACACUAUACCUGACGAGCUUCUUGUAUCCAUCACUUCGCGAGUGUACGAGUCAUGCGCCCGUGAGCAGAGAUGGUGACGACGUGACGACGUGACAACUUACGAAAGGCAACCACGCGCCUCGACAUCGGCCUCGUCGAUGGGGAGCCACCUGCCUCUACAGAGCCCCUACUCACGGGGGGCUCCCGGUCUCUACAUGCCUGAAUCCCCAGCGUCUGCCACGCUCGUUCAUCCCAUCCCUCAGCAAGGCGCGCAGUUCAUUCCCAGUGCAACACCACACCCGGUCCUCGGCGGAGUUCCUGAAGAUGCCAAAAUUCACACUCUUGUGAUCGAACUUAUGGAUCCUGCGGCGAGGGAGGGUGCAUUGCUGGAACUGAGCAAGAAAAGGGAGCAGUAUGAUGACCUGGCGUUGGUCCUUUGGCACUCUUUUGGGAUUAUGCCUGCGCUCCUGCAAGAGAUCGUAUCUGUCUAUCCGCUACUCUCGCCCCCAAAUCUGACCGCACAUGUAUCGAAUCGGGUAUGCAAUGCGUUGGCUCUUCUGCAGUGCGUGGCAUCGCAUUCCGAGACCAGGCAGCUGUUUCUCAACGCUCACAUCCCACUGUUCUUAUACCCUUUCCUGAACACGACAUCGAAAACUCGACCAUUUGAAUACCUUCGGCUCACUUCACUCGGAGUCAUCGGUGCUCUUGUCAAACAAAACGAUAACAACACAGUCAUUCACUUUCUACUUUCCACGGAAAUCAUCCCGCUCUGCUUGCGUAUCAUGGAGACUGGUUCAGAGCUUUCCAAGACGGUUGCGAUCUUCAUUGUUCAGAAAAUCCUUCUGGACGAGACUGGAUUGACCUACAUUUGUCACACCUAUGAGCGAUUCUACGCUGUUGGAACGGUCUUGAGCAACAUGGUCAAUCAAUUGGUGGAGACCCAGGCUGUGAGGCUGCUCAAACAUGUCGUGAGGUGCUAUCUGAGACUGAGCGACAAUCUGAGGUUUGUUGAACCCAUUCAAUUGUCCGCUUACUGAUUUUGUUCCAGAGCGCGCGAAGCUCUGCGUGCUUGUUUACCGGAGCCUUUGCGGGACCAAACUUUCAGCGUACUUCUCAAGGGUGAUAUGGUCACUAAACGCUGCUUGACGACCUUGCUCAACAAUCUGAACGAGCCGUGAUUUCGCAAUGGCCAAAUGGGAAGCAAACAUUUUUGUAUACGUACAGGCUCCCUGUAGUAAUAUCUGCCGCAUGUACAAUCUAAAGACAUCCAUAAUUAUUGAUCAUGAUACGGACCAGCCCAGGACGGCCUUGGGGAAUGAAUCUUCAUUAGCGUAAGUAGGCUGGACGGCACCUGGAACGAGUCUAGAGAUGCCACGCUCGGGGUCUCAGAUUAGAUGUUCAAUGGAUGAUGACAUCGCUCGGUUGGUCAUCGGCACCCUUUCUUGACCGAUUCCCACAAG